CUAGUCGACGUCAAUUUCCUCAAACAACAAUAACGUCAUUUCACGCAUUCGUCGUUUCGCUUCAGCCUCAGGCAUCUCACGAAGGGUCGUAGAGACGAAUGCCGCGUAUUUGUCAAAUUUAUCCCCAGGCGCCUUCGUACUCGACAUUUGAGUUGGGUAAUUUGUAUUGUUUUUACCAACUUUCAAAGCUUCAAGAGUAACCAUCUUGUCCCGUUGCUUGAGUGUGCAGGCAUUUGAAAAAGCUUCACCUCGAGAAUAAGGUGUUUGACGUUGGUAGAGUCUAGGAGUGUUAUCUGGUUCCUCUGA